AUGCCACUUGCAGCUGGUGGUGGUCGGUUGCCGCCGGCCUCCACACCGCAGGGGUCGUCAAAUGCGAGCUGCAGCAUGGCCGAGUUUGACGCCUGCAUGCGCAAGCUCAGCAGCAUCACCGAGUCGGACGAGCUUGCACUCGCCUCCACCAGGCACGAGCUGGACAUUCUCUGCAGCAAGUGGAAGGCGGGCCACCGCUGCGUCGACGAGCACAUGUCCCGCUGCUCGGACAGACUCAAGCAGAUCCUCUACAACGAUGUGGUACACGGCACGCGUCAGGUCAUGAAUGAGCUGUGCAGCCCGGGAAGUAUGCAGAAUGAUUACCUUCGGCUGGCGCCGUGUUUCAAGAGCCUGUUCGUGGAAGGUGGCAAAUGCUCGCAGAAAUACAAGAGCAUGAUCCAGUGGUCCAAGGCAUCCACCGACAUGACAGAAGCCGCCAACGUCGAAGAAGGCCUCCGCAGGACCUGCUGCACGUUCAACGAGUACGUGCACUGCUAUUACGUCCACAUGCCGGAGCUGUGCGGCGAGGAAGGGCGCGACUUCUUCCGCACCUACACGGAAAAGAUGUCGGGGCCGCUGAUACACGAGCACUGUGCCUCCUACACGUACGACUCGACGUGCAGCGAGGCAGCCUCGGCAGCGGGGCCGACCGCACCGCCGCGCCGGCGGUGGGCGGCGGCCGCCGGCCUGCUGCUCACGGCUGCUGCCGCGUUGCUCUCACCACGUAGAUAG